GAGUUUUAAAACACUUUAGCUUCCCCGGGGCUUAGGUGAGGAGAGCGAGCUAGGUAACCCCCAAACCCCUGCACCCCAUGAGCCGACGCUUGGCCCCAUGGAGCCAGGCAAUUAUGCCACCUUGGACGGGGCCAAGGAUCUAGAAGGCUUGCUGGGGACUGGAGGGACUCGGAAUCUGGUGGCCCACUCCCCACUGGCCAGCAGCCACCAGGCUGCGCCCCCGCUGAUGCCGACUGUCAGCUACACGCCCCUGGAACUGCCAGGCUCGGCGGAACCGCCAAAGCAGUGCCACCCGUGCCCUCCCGGGGUGCCCCAGGGCGCGUCCCCAGCGCCGGUGCCUUAUAGCUACUUUGGAGGCGGAUACUACUCCUGCAGAGUGUCCCGGAGCUCGCUGAAACCCUGUGCCCAGGCGGCCCCCUUGACCUCCUACCCCGCAGAGACGCCGGUGGCGGGAGAGGAGUACCCUAGCCGCCCCACCGAGUUUGCCUUCUAUUCGGGCUACCCAGGUCCCUACCAGCCUAUGGCCAGUUACCUGGAUGUGUCCGUGGUGCAGACCCUGGGCGCCCCCGGGGAGCCUCGCCAUGACUCCUUGCUGCCUGUGGACACUUACCAGCCCUGGGCCCUCACCAACGGCUGGAACAGCCAGAUGUGUUGCCAGGGAGAACAGAACCCACCUGGUCCCUUCUGGAAGGCGGCAUUUGCAGAUUCAAGUGCACAACACCUUCCAGAUGGUUGCACCUACCGCCGAGGCCGCAAGAAGCGUAUUCCCUAUAGCAAGGGGCAAUUGCGGGAGCUGGAGCGUGAGUAUUCAACUAACAAGUUCAUCACCAAGGACAAGAGGCGCAAGAUCUCGGCAGCCACCAGUCUCUCCGAGCGCCAGAUCACCAUCUGGUUUCAGAACCGCAGGGUCAAGGAGAAGAAGGUCCUUGCCAAGGUCAAGACCAGCUCUACUCUGUGAAGAAGUGCUCAGGCUUUGAAGGGGAGGGGAAGUGGGGAUCCUGGAGAGGUCAGGAGCCUUUCAGGGCCAGAUUAGGGGCCAAGACUCUGCUGAGGGGCUGCCAAAGGUGACACUCUUCCCAGACUGGGGUUCCUGGACUAUUCCAUGGCCUGAGCACUUCAUAUCUACCAGCAAGUCACUAAGGUCCAGAGUCACAGCCCUACAGUACCACAGUAACACUGCCCAAAGGACCUGCAUGAACCAUAAUAAUUCAUUUUGACUAGGGAGAAAAAUCACUAAAACUAGUACUGAUCGCAUAAUAAUUAGUUUCAUACUUUCUAUCUGAAGCUCUGUAGAGCACAUUAGAAAUGGCUUUCAUGGAUUGGAAUGCUAAUGAAUAAACUUGGGAGGAAACCCACAGUAGCACUACUUCCCAUGGACUCCUUCUGCUUCGAAAAUUUAUUCUCCACCCCAGUGACAACAGGAGAGAGGAGUAAGGCAGACUCCCCCAGUACCUAAGUUACCUAGUUAGCAUUUUUCUGAAAUGCCAACUGGGCAGGAUGGACUUUGCCCACCCCCAAGGUUUAAUCCAUUGGUUUUGAAAGUUCCAGUUUCCAAUUCUUAGAUUUUGUUCUGUGUAAAAAUGGAGGCUAGCAGUCGCCUUCUUGGGACUGUCUUUCAGUCCCCAAAAGUGCCUGGAUACUUCACCAUUUCUCACUCCUCCUCCCGAUGAAUUUCCAGUCUCUUAACAUUCCUGGAGAUGAUGGGUCCAAGCAGGCCAUGGUUUCUUGGGCUUUGGGGAGUUCCAUAAAAUAAAUCAUAGUCCUAUAUUCAGUCCCUUCGGGUACAAAUGGUUACCAAACCAGAAAGUAUUAACAAUAGCCAAUUUCUUAGCUGGUGCCUCCUAAGGAUCCUAGUAGGUGGUAGACAGGAAAGAAAAAUCAGAAAACGGCCCCUUUACCACUUGGCCCUCCUCUGCCUGCUUCCCAGCGACUACCAGAAGGUCCUGGAAAU